GUCAUCAUGGGAGAAAACAACACAAAGGUGACUGAGUUCAUCUUGCUUGGGCUUUCUCAUUAUCCCAGGGCCCAGGCAGUGAUGUUUGGAGUGUUCUUAGGGGUCUAUCUUAUAACACUCCUAGGCAAUGGACUCAUGGUUGUUUUGAUUAUCUUCAGCCCACUCCUGCACACUCCUAUGUAUUUCUUUCUCAGCAACCUUUCCAUCUUGGACAUGCUCUACACCACCUCCAGUGUGCCACAAAUGCUGGUCAACUGCUUCUCCCGCCGGCCCACCAUUUCCUUUGUGGGGUGUGUAGCUCAGAUGUAUGUCAGUCUUUUCCUUGGCAUUGCAGAGUGUUUCUUGCUGGCUGUCAUGGCAUAUGACCGCUUUGCUGCCAUCUGCAGCCCCUUACAUUACACCCUCAUCAUGAGCAAGAGACUCUGCAUCCAACUGGCAGCUGCAUCCUGGGCUUUCGCUCUACUAAUGACACUUAUUGCAGUUGUGCUGCAGCCAACACAUUUCUGUGGACGUAACGUCAUCAACCACUUCACCUGUGAGCUGCAGGCUUUUUUGAAAGUGGCUUGCUCUGACACAAGCCUCAACGACAUCUUAAUUGUGGCCAACAGUUUCUUUGUCCUCAUCAUACCAUUCUGCUUCAUCUUGGUGACAUACGGGCGCAUCAGCCUGGCCGUGAUACGCAUCCGCUCAGCCAAGGGCUGGAGCAAGGCCUUUUCCACUUGUGGCUCCCACCUGAUUGUAGUCACAGUCUUCUACGGCUCGGCCAUGUCUAUGUAUUUGCAUCCACAGGGGAAAAUCUCCUCUGAGCGUGACAAAAUAAUUUCUACUUUGUAUGGGGUAGUGACUCCUAUGCUCAACCCCUUGAUAUACAGCCUUCGAAACAAGGAUGUAAAGGGAGCCUUUUGGAGACUGCUUGGAAGGAAAAUAAAUGAAUGA